AUCUUGUGGGCGGUCCUCUUACAUCAGUCCUUCCAGAACGCUGCAUUCUUUACCUCACACGCAUGUCGGAUCCUCAGCCUCCUUCCCAACAACUCCAACAGCUAGAAUACCCUCCAGCUAUACACCCAGUCGCCGGGGCUCUUGCCGCGCGCCAAGAAGUCAGGCUUAAGCAAUUCCUUUCUAGCCUGUCUGAGCCUCAACCACACGAUCCCGACAGGUCGCAGCAUGUUCGCUACGUUACCUCGUGUUAUCACUCUCGAAUAUAUGAAGUCGAAGGAUACAAGAAUCGCGUCUCCCCUGAAGCCCGUAUUAAACUAGAGUCUAUCCUCUCCGAGCUUCGCUUCGACAGAAACCUCAUAUACUGGCGCUUAUUUCGCAUCAACGACCUGCCCCCCGAAAUUCUUAUCACCAUCCUUCGGUAUGUGGCCUGGUCGACGCCUAUCCAAAAACAGGGUGUGAAGUACCGACUGUGGCUCACGUGGGUCUGCCGGCGCUGGCGCUCACUCAUGCUUGGUGAUUCCACCUUGUGGAGCGCAAUUUGGUUCGCGGAUCCCCCUCCGUAUGCGCGAUCUAUGGCUUGGUUUGAGAGGGCUGGGACUGCGCCGUUGGAUUUGCGCAUCAACGAGCGGGACGAGAGGUGGAGUAGUAACGAGGACGAUCAUCGUUUCACGGGAGAGCAAAUGUCUGAUUUACUUGACAUGUUGUUUGUCAAAUUGUCACAGAUUCGCAUGUUGAUCGUCAUAGUCGAUAACUGGCCACCCGCGCUAGUUGUACUGCACAAACUCCAGGAGGCUGGAAGGGCUGGCCUAGAGAUCAAUAUUACUCGUUUCGAGAUUCACAGGGCCGGGCGCCCUUACGUUUGGAUCGGGCCUGGUUAUCAACCCGAUACCCAUCGCAACCCAAGCGUUCUCUUUGGUGGUCAAACACGAAUGCUAGAUUUUCUCUGCCUAAACGGCAUUAACAUCGACUGGAACCAGACGCCACUAACGAACCUCACCACAAUCGACCUACGUAGGUUGGCGCUAGAUGUGUCUCCUUCGCUGGCUAAAUUCACCCAGCUGCUGCGCGACUGUCCCCGUUUGCACAAACUUUCACUGGAUGGUGCAGGGCCCGCACCGGAUGCGAGGCCACUUGUCCACAAGCCAGUUAACCUGCUCCACCUUAAAAUCCUCGUACUAGGCGACUUUAGCCUCGUAUACUUGCGAUACCUACUCGCCCAAUUCACUGCACCAAACGUUCUCGAUUUGACUCUAAUGAACAUGAACGGAGAAGAUUAUUCGCCUCUUCUCGCGAUAAUAACACCGAUGUUCAGAGAAGUGCGAUUACUGACACUAUACGCCAUCGAAGUGGGAACCAUUCCGCAGUCGAAAAGAUUGCUGGUCAAGUGGUUUGACUCUAUGAAUCGUUUGGGUCUUAUGAAACUUGCUCAGAUCAAACGUCAUAUUCUUGAAGCGUUGCUCGAGGAUCCACAACAGUACGACGAGCACCUACCGGGGACCACAGACAGCCCGCGUCGUGUUUUAUGCCCUAAUUUUACAGCACUGGAGUACCAAGUAGUACAGGCGGACGCCGUUGUCGCUCUAGGUCAAGGUCGGAAGGAACUUGGUGUUCCGCUGAAGAGGAUAUAUGUGAAUGAGGUAUGGGUGCCCAAAGUGAGAGGUGAAGAGCAGACAGCGCUGCGUACAGUCGCGGAUCUGUUCAUUGCGCCAUUGGGUGCGAACACAGUGGAGGAACUUGAGCUGAUGGAAUAAAAGGACGACGUAUCGGUUUACCAUAAUCUGGCACAAAUGAUUUAGGGUUGGUGAUAAGUUAUAAGGGAAUAUUUACCCCAUGUAGAGCACAUUGUAAUAAUGCUAUCUUGUAUACCUUUUACCUU